AGUUGAAGUUAAAAAAAAAAAAAAACAAGUCAAGAAGAAAAAACCAACCAAACACGGCCACAGCACAACUUUGGAAUGUCCAUGAUUUCUUUGAGCACAUGUCAACUUAUAUCCAGGGUGGCACCUUGCAAAUCCUCCAAAAACUAGUGUUGUCCAUCUGAAAUUUAAAGAACAGAGAGAAAAAGCUCUUGUUAUUCCUUUCUUUUGUCUCAGGGAACCAGAUCCUUCCUUCUUUUUUUAAAGAUUUUGAACAUGAUGCCUGCGAAGCUUGGAACUGAAGUUGAUUCUGAUUAUUCCUCCUCGUCUGAAAGUUCAUCUAUGAGCAGUGGAUCAUCAUCAUCAUCAUCAUGUUAUCAGAAUGAAGAUGUUGGCAAUGAGGGAGGAAGAGAGCUGAAGAGGAAAGUAAAGAAGCUAAGAUCAAUCAAGCUUGCAAGAUUGCCAAGCUUGAAACUCAUCACAAGACAAUCUAAAGUCAAAUCUGGUGAUGUUUCUGUUCUGUCUAGUGAUGUAGCAAGCUCGCAUCAUUCACGCAUGUCACCAAAUUAUAUGAGGACCACCACUUCUUCAAAUGCAAAGAAAGAGAAUUUGCAGAAAUCAGCAAGAACAUUGGCGAGGCGAUCUAGUUUUAAACCUGCAAAGAGUUUGACGAGGUUGUCUAGUACAAAAUUCAGGAGACCUUUGAUGAGGAUAUCUCCUGGAGGCACUGACCUGAAGAAAAAACUGAAGAAGUCAAGAUCAACCAAGAUUGCCAAUCGAUCUUCCAUGGUUUUAGCCAGUGAUGCUGAUAUACCACCUGAUUUUUCGAAGGCAAGUUUUGAUGGGAGAAACGUUCAGCUUCAGGCAAGUCUCCACAAUUUUGAAUCUGCUUUGAGUGGUAAUGAUGAUAAUAGGAAAAUACCAAGGAAUUCGAAGCCAAAAUUAGCUUCUCCUGGUAACAAUUCUAUGAGAGUCAUGACAAGAACUUCCACUUUGAGACCUGUAAGGAUCUUAACAAAAGUGGCUAGCAUAAGAACAAAGAGACCAUCCAUGAAGAAGCGUUCUCAAAUCCCAGACUCGGGCAUACAGAAAGCCACCUGUUCCUCGGCUAUCAAGGACUCCAAGUUUCCAUACCAUCUUGAGCUGCAACCAGAAGGAAGGGAAUCUGAAGGAAAUUCAGCUAUGGAGGUUUGUCCAUACAGUUAUUGCUCACUUCACGGCCAUCACCAUUCUGAUGUACCUCCACUAAAACGCUUUGUAUCAAUUAGGCGACGUCUGUUAAGGAACCAAAAAAGCAUGAAAUCAGAAAGCCGAUCCUCUCGAAGAUUAAAACGUUCUGGCAAUGCAAAGAAGGGAACUCGGACAAGUCAACUGCCUUCUUGUGGAGAUUCAGCAGUUCUAGAAACAUCUCAUGACAAGAUAGCUGUAUCUUCUUCCAUUGGCAAAACAGCUGGACCAAGAUCUGAGUCAACGAAAGAAGGUGCUCAUGGUGGAGAUGACAAAGACACCAGCAAUGUUAUGAGUGUCACUGACAUUCAAAUUCUUCAGCAAGAAGCUGAUGAAGGUAGGAUUGAAAAUUUGAACUUGGAUGUGCUCAAAAUUCACUCAAACACUGCUAAGGCUGAUGCAUCAACAAGUGUAGCCGAUGAACAACUAAAUAAAGCCAGAAGGCUAAACCAGAAUAGAGUUGUGGAGUCUAGAGACAUCAACAACAUGGUCUCUUUAGCUUCCAUCGGUAAGCCAUUGCAAGAGGAAACAGCAGCCAGUGAAGAAAAUAACCAAGAUGUUGUGCAAAAUUAUCAGUUCCUAAGUUCAGAUUCUGAGCAUGGAUACGCCAUAGAUGUAAGCCACGAAACUCAGAAGGAAAAACAGAAGCAUAUGGGAUUGUGGAACCUAAUAUAUCAGCACAUGGAAACAGGUAUUGCCACAGAAAAUGGAGCCCAGCCACCUCUCAAUAAAAAAACCACGGAAGAAGAGAAAGAUGAGAACACAUUGCCUGGCAUCAACAAAUCUGGUUCUUUUCAGGAUUUUUCUAGUACAGAUCAGAGCAACGAUGAGGAAGAUCAUGAUGAACACAGUGGAAAAAUUCACCAAUACCAAUGUAAUGCCAUUAAGUUGGUGCAAGAAGCAUUUGAUAGAAUACUGGCAGAAAUUCCUGACCAGUCAUCUGAUGAUCAAUCAAUUACUGGUGACACUUCAGACAAGGAGCUUGCAGUGAAGGAUCAAAGUGAAGAUGGGCAAUUAAGCAUCUUGACUUCCUAUGAUUCAGACGGAGACAGCAUAGUUCAGGAACCAGAAGAAUUGAGGCUCAAAGCUGAUAAUGCCUUUGAAAGAGAGAAAGCACAAUCAAGGGUGGAAAGCAAGUCUAACCAGCAAAUGCCCAAGAGCUGGAGUAAUCUGAAAAAGAUACUUAUCCUCAAGAGAUUUGUCAAGGCAUUGGAAAAGGUGAGGAACUUCAAUCCACAGAAGGCACGGUUUCUACAUGCAGAGGCUGAACUAGGAUCAGAAAAAGUUCAUCUGCGCCAUCAAAACUUGGAGGAGAGAAAAAAUUCUGAGCAAUGGAUGCUUGAUCAUGCACUUCAACAGGUUAUUUCUACACUAGCCCCAGCUCAAAAGAGAAAGGUAGCUCUGCUUGUACGAGCAUUUGAGACCGUCACCCCGCUCACUGAAGUUUGUACUUCACCAAGGUUCAACAUAGAAGCUUCUUCUCAUACAACUCCAGUUAAGACCUGCAAUGGUGCCUCUGACUGCAACGGGUCCAUAGAAGGAAAAGAAACUACUUUUGGAAUCACUCUUCGUAAGACAUCAAGCCUUGACACAAUCGCAUCAAGCACUUCGUCAUUGGAGAACACUGUUGCAGACUUGAAGAACCAAUUUGUUGCUCUCAAUCUUGGUAAUGAUGAAACUAAUUCCAUUAUCAAAGACAAUGAACCUGAUUUUGUCAACCACUGUUUGGUUGAGGAUACAGAAUCUAAGUUAUGUGACAGGCCCUUGCCAAAUACAGCUGAUGCUCUACGAGCUCCUACUGAGGAACUUGUGGUAAAUGGGGAAGUUCUCCCAGAGGAUGCCAAAGGAGCAAGUUCAGUUUCUGCCUCGGAGGUUUAUGAUCGUGAUUUAGGAUUAAGCAGCCAAAAUUCAGACACCAAUAACCAAAACAACAGAAUUUAUGAUGAAUCAGAUGAACCUGACGGCCAAACCCCAAAAGAUAACGAGGGUUCCAUUGCCAAUACCAAUGUGGUUUCUUCAUCUACAGUUUCUGCACCGGUAGAGGAAUCAUCUGAAGUUACUGGAGAAGAGAAUAAGCUCAAAAAUAAGUUUCUCCAAGGGUCCACCUUGCUUCACGAAUCAGAACCAGGUUGCACAACUGAUGUAGCACAUGAAAAGCAGAAACAUAUGAAGUUCUGGUUCUUGAUAUAUAAGCACAUAGUAUCAGGUAAUGCGACACUUAUUGAAGGAGCAGAUAAGGAAGAACAAGGGGAUGAUGGCAACACGUUGGCUGAAAUGAAAUCAUCGAAGAAUGAUGAUGCGGACAACCAAAAAAUUAAACUCCAACAGAUGGAAGCCAUAAGGCUGGUGGAAGAAGCAAUUGACCAAAUUCCUCUUCCUGAAAUUCAAGAUGACGCGCCUGUUUAUCAAUCAGUUGCCAGUGACAUAACUCAAGACCAGGAUCAGGAGUAUAUUGAAAAGAAACCCAAGGAAGGAGAGAAACCAUUCAUCUCAUCUUCCUUUGAGCACACCAGUGACAGCUUUGGAGAAUCUGACAGCACAGAAGCAGAGGAGAGCACCACACUGUAUCAACAAGAAUCGCAGCUCAAUUUUGAUAACAUCAGUGCACAAGAAAAGACAAAACCAAUACCAACAGAAGGAAACAAACCAAAGCCAGCUGCGCAAAAGAACUGGAGCAAUCUGAAAAAGGUGGUCCUCCUCAAGAGAUUUGUCAAGGCAUUGGAGAAGGUGAAAAAAAUCAAUCAACAGGAGCCACGAUUUCUGCCCUUGGACCCUUUAAGUGAAGCUGAAAAGGUUCAUCUAAGGCACCAAGACACGGAUGACAGGAAAAAUGCUGAUGAAUGGAUGCUUGAUUAUGCACUUCGACAGGUCGUUGCUAAACUGACUCCAGCUCGGAAAAGAAAAGUGUCAUUGCUUGUAGAAGCCUUUGAGGCAGUCACCCCUAUUGGAAGUGGAGAGUGGUCAGAUACAUGAUACAGUAGCCCUUCUAGUUAUUCUUAAGGUGUGGCGACAAGAAGCUGCUAGUCGAUAAUUAUUCAUUUAGUAGUAUCAGUAAGACAUGCUAAAUAAUCACACAGGAGUAAUAAACUCAGUGGAUUUAUCAUGCAUAUAGGGGAUAGCAUUCUAUCAAAAGAUGAAAGUAAAAAAACUCAGUGAAGAUAGUCAAGGUGUAUAGGCUACUAUCAUCUUUGCUUUUUUAAAACCUUGUGAGUGUACAAAAGAUGUUUGUUGUGGAGAAUGAAUAAGAGUUAUGUUGUUAUUCAAUGCA